AUGCUUGCCAAACCUCUCGAAGGUGAAACACUUAUCCUUUAUUUGGCUGUCUCUGAUUAUGCUAUUAGUGCUGUUCUUGUUAGAGAAGAGGGGAACUUGCAGCUGCCUGUGUAUUAUGUGAGCAAAAGGUUGCUCGAUGCUGAGACUAGAUACACGAAUAUGGAAAGGCUGGUUUUCGCCUUACUCCUGGCAGCGAGGAAACUUAGACCAUACUUCCAGGCUCAUAAAAUCGAGGUACGAACCUCCUACCCGUUGCGCCAAGUUCUGUACAAACCUGAGGCUUCAGGAAGGAUGUUGAAGUGGGCAGUUGAGUUAGGACAAUUCGAUAUCGAGUGCAAGCCCAGAAGUUCCAUCAAAGGCCAGGCGUUGGCCGACUUCAUAUUAGAGUUUCCGAACGACCCUGUGUUGGUGGAUGAGGUAUCAUGUAGCGAGGUAGAAGUUAGGACCGGAGAAGAAGAAGAGGCUUCCUAUCCAUGGUGGGUGAUGAACGUUGAUGGGGCAGUUAAUCAGGAUGGUGCCGGCACUGGCAUCUUACUUACCAGCCCCGAGGGAAGGAAGUUUAAAAGCGCCAUACAUCUUGGCUUCCCUGCCACCAAUAACGACGCUGAAUAUGAAGCCUUAAUUGCUGGAUUGAGAUUCGCAAAAGAGUUGGGCGUCCAGAGAAUCGCAAUCCACAGUGACUCGAUGUUGGUAGUCUACCAGGUCAAUGGGGGGUACCAGGUAAAGGCAUACAGAACAGAACUUUACAUGAACCUAGUCCGAAGGCUGAUUGAAAAUUUCAAGACGGUUAGACUCGAACAAAUCCCAAGAGAAAGUAACGCCGAAGCUGACUCCCUGGCCAAGGCCGCAUCCCAGAAAGAUCCUGGAGUUUUAGGAAUGGUCUCUCUUGAGCUACUUGAUCACCCUAGCGUGCCCGAAGCGGAGAUACACCAGAUCGAAGCUGAAGAGGCUGUCGACACAUGGAUGACCCCAAUCUGGUCUUACAUCAAGAAUGGUACCCUUCCAGAAGACAAGAUGGAGGCAAGAAAACUACGCUAUAAGGCAGCCAGGUACGUUGAUUAUGAGGGGUCACUCUACAAGCGAGGCUUUAACCAACCUCUACUGAAGUGCAUCGGAGGCGAUGAAUGUAACUACAUCCUGAGAGAGGUACACGAGGGAAUAUGCGGUAACCACUCGGGGGGUAGCUCGUUGGCCCAAAAGAUACUUCGGCAAGGGUACUACUGGCCUACACUAAAAGAGGAUGCACUGAAAUUUGCUAAGGCUUGCGAUAAGUGUCAGAGGUUCGCCAACUACGUCAACAGUCCUGCAGCUCCGCUUACAUCAUUGACGAGUCCAUGGCCCUUUGCUAUGUGGGGAAUAGACCUGAUUGGCGAGCUACCAAAAGGCAAAGGAGGUGUCAAAUAUGCAGUGGUAGCGGUUGAUUAUUUCACGAAGUGGACAGAAGCAGAGCCAUUAACAACUAUCACGGCGAAGAAGUUGGUCGAAUUUGUAUAUAGAGCUAUAGUGUGCCGCUUCGGCAUUCCGUAUAAAUUGAUCUCCGACAACGGAAAACAGUUCGACUGCAAAGAGAUGAGGGAGUUAUGUGACAACCUAGGAAUCAAGAAAGGUUUCUCCGCUGUCAGCCACCCACAGUCGAAUGGCCAGACGGAAGCAGUUAACAAGAUCAUAAAGCAUACUCUGAAGGCGAAGCUUGAAGACAAGAAAGGCAAUUGGCCUGAAGAGCUACCCAAUGUGCUUUGGUCCUACAACACGACUCCUAGAACAACAACCGAGGAGUCACCUUUCAACCUUACCUAUGGAUGUGAAGCUAUGAUACCUGUGGAGCUAGGAGCCGGAUCAUUCAGAAGAGAUAAUUUCAACCCAGAAGUGAACGAGGUCAACCAUCGUCUACACCUGGAUAUGCUCGAAGAAACCAGAUCAGGAGCUCAGCUAAGGAUUGCAUCAUACCAGCAAAGAGUGGCGAGGCAUUAUAACACCAAAGUCAAGGCUAGGCCAUUCCAGGUAGGCGAUCUAGUUCUGCGAAGAGUCAUGCCAAACACCAAGGUGGCGAGCCAUGGAGUCUUCGGAGCUAAUUGGGAAGGACCGUACAAGGUAAGAGUGGUGCUGUUUUCUGGAACAUAUUACUUGGCAGACCUAGAAGGGAGAGACAUCCCCCGAGCAUGGAAUGCCGAACAUCUCAAAAAGUAUUAUCAGUAG